AUGAUCACGCUUGACGCUCGGUCGGACCUGUCGCGGCCCUCUCGCUAUGACCCUCAUUGGGAGUACAAUUACUCGGUCCAGCGUUACCACACGACACUCAAGGGUGUCUAUCUGCGUCUGCCUCUGCGAGCCGCCUUCUUUGGCACGUCAGUCCUCGUCACGUUUGCCUUCGUCCUCCUGUCAACGCCGAGGGCUAGGUCGAGCUGUAUCUUCUACCUUCAGCUCGCCUCCCUCCUCCUAUUCAUGUCCUACCUGCUCUUGGACAUCGUCGUAUUCGGCCAUCUUUACAUCAAGGAAAUGUGGCCCAUUCUCGAAGUAGAUCGCCUCAGGCGCUUCACCUGGGCAGGGUAUGCCCUCCGACAACUCAAUCCCUGGUUUGCAGACAUUCCCCUUAUCUUCAAGAUCCUCGCCCUCUACCCAACAUCACUGAACACCACGCGACGCCGGAUGGCUAUGGUAGCAAUCCCCGUCAUCUUGAAGGUGCCCCGAAUGGGCCUCACCAUCAGUUGUGCAAUCGAGCAGCUGACCAGGACCGAGCUCCAAAAUUAUUAUUUGGGCGUCAAUCUCCACUAUCUCAUCGAGGGCUGCCUCCAAGUGAUAGAUAAUGGCUACUCCUUUUGCAUCCUCCUGCACAAGUUACACCAGCUUCAGCAAGCCAGGAGUCAGACGCACGUACAUUCGUCGUCCAGGUCCAAAAGGCGGCUUCGUUUCCUCUUCGAAGCGCUGUUCCUCACCUUUUUGCCCGCCCUCAUCACCCAGAUUCUUCUUGUCGCUUUUCUCGCAGCCAUUCCGCUGAGGCCGCACAGCACGCGAAAAGCUAGUUUCCCCAUAGCCCGCGGCGGCGAACAUCUCCUCUUCACAAAUGUCGUCGUGACCGUCUACUCGUCAAUCUUGGCUACCUCAUGGACCUCGCUCAGGGAGUCAGGGUCGAAGCGCGAGGAUGAGCCCAUGGUCAGCGACCAUCAGCACCGGCUCGCCACAUUAGGGCGGCGGCAGCGCAUAGGGUCAAAUUCAGCCUCUUCGUUAACAAAGUGGCGACGAGCACAACAGUUGAAGCAAUCAAAAAAUGCCGAAAAUCGGUCUCUUUUCGCUUCCAUGUUUGCCGACGAAGAUCACGAAGACAUCAACGAUGAGAUUGGACAUGUCCUCCAUCGCAAUGGCUACCAAGGCAGUAGCAUUACUGAUAGCUAUCAAUCUAGUUAUUGA